GCGCUACAAUCAACGACUGCAACUUUCCGGAUAUUUUGCAUCACUUUUCGUGGAGCGUGGCUGUUUCGCAGGCGAGUUGGCCGAUAAAUCCAGUUCCUGACCAUGCCGACCAUUGGAAUUAAGCGAGAUUUGCUUUUCGCCUCCCUGGGGAAGACUUACACCGAUGACGAAUUCCAGACCCUCUGCUUUGCCUUCGGCCUGGAACUGGAUGAAGUUACCAGCGAGAAGCAGAUGCUGACGAAGGAACAGGGCGAUAAUGUUGCUCUGGACAAUGCCUCUGAGGAGAUCAUCUAUCGGAUCGACAUUCCGGCUAAUCGAUACGAUUUGCUGUGCCUGGAGGGACUCGUCUCGGCCCUGCUAGUGUUCCAGGAGAAAAUCAAGCAGCCACGUUUCCGGACCGUGGAUCCAGUCGGAGAACCGCAGACUCUCACUUUGACACCCGCAACGGGGCUCAUCCGACCCUUCGCCGUGGCCGCUGUUCUGCGCAACAUCACCUUCACUGCCGACUCGUACAAUUCCUUCAUCGAUCUGCAGGAUAAAUUGCACCAAAACAUCUGUCGGAAGCGAUCACUGGUGGCCAUUGGGACGCACGAUUUGGACACUCUCCAUGGUCCGUUCAUCUACGAUGCCAGGGCACCGGCGGAGAUCAAAUUCAAGCCGCUGAACCAGGAGAAGGAGAUGACUGCGGUGGAACUGAUGGAAUUCUACUCAACUCAUGCGCAGCUGAAACAGUAUUUGCCCAUCAUCAGAGAUUCGCCAGUGUAUCCGGUGAUCUACGACUCUAACGGCGUGGUGUUGUCCCUUCCGCCUAUCAUCAACGGCGAUCACUCGAAGAUUUCGCUGAACACGAAGAACGUCUUCAUCGAGUGCACGGCCACGGAUCUGACGAAGGCGAAGGUGGUUCUGGACACGCUCGUGUGCAUGUUUUCCAGCCACUGCCAGGAGCAAUUCACCGUGGAGUGGUGUCAGGUGGUGAAUAGUGAUGGACAGAGUGUUCAAUAUCCGGAGCUCGCCUAUCGCACGGAGAAAGUGUCAGCGAAGAAAGCCAACGCGUAUGUUGGGAUCGAAAAGAGUGCCGACGAAACAGCCCAGUUGCUCAAUAGGAUGUACUUGAACACCACCGCCGCUGGAGAUGAGCUCUCAGUGGAAAUUCCGCCCACCAGGCACGACAUCAUCCACGCCUGCGACAUCUACGAGGACGUGGCCAUCGCCUAUGGCUACAACAACAUCCGGAAGUCUCUGCCGGCGACCACGGCAAUUGGGAAACAAUAUCCACUGAACAAGCUGACUGAGCAGCUACGAGAGCAAGUCGCCCAGGCGGGAUUUACUGAAGCGCUGACCUUUGCGCUGUGCUCACGCGAUGACAUCUCAGCGAAGCUUGGCAGGAAGAUAGAGCUCGUGCCGGCGGUGCAUAUCUCCAAUCCGAAAACCCUAGAGUUCCAAGUGGGACGCACGACUCUCAUCUCUGGGCUGCUGAAGACGCUGGCGGCCAACAAGAAGAUGCCUCUGCCGUUGAAGCUCUUUGAGAUCUCCGAUGUGAUUCUCUCUGACGAGGAGGCGGAAGUGAAUGCGCGCAACGAGCGUCGGAUUUGUGCGGUGAACUGCAACAAGAACGCCGGAUUCGAGGUGGUGCAUGGACUGCUGGACAGAGUGAUGCAACUGCUCGAGGUGCCGUGGAAGGGUGACAAUGGAUACUGCUUGGAUGCCACUGAAGAUGCUACUUUCUUCCCCGGAAGAUGUGCUGCGAUUAUGUACAAGGGCUCGCGGAUUGGCACGAUUGGCGUUCUGCAUCCGUCGGUGCUGCAGGCCUUCGAGCUGACGAAUCCCUGCUCCCUCAUGGAGUUCACCAUUGAGCCCUUUGUUUAAUGUGGAAAUAAUUACACAAAUUACAACUAUUUAUGAAGCUUA